ACACGAAGUUGCAAUUGGUCAUGUUCGCAAACAGAGCGGUGACACGGUUUUGAGAAAAAACAUUUAAACGGGGGCGGGAUCUCUACACAGUUUGAACAUCUCAGUAGCAGAAAAACUGAGUUGGUGAAGUCAGAACAGACACAUCAGUAGAAUUAUGGCCUCUCAAAAUAUGGACCCUGCAGCCGCCUCGUCCACAGCAGCUCUGAAAGGCACUGAGACCGGUGGGAGUGCAGCAAAGGGCUCAGUCACGAAGAGACUUCAACAAGAACUGAUGACACUAAUGAUGUCUGGAGAUAAAGGGAUCUCUGCUUUCCCGGAGUCUGACAACCUUUUUAAGUGGAUAGGAACGAUAGACGGCGCUCAGGGAACAGUUUACGAAGGCCUGAGGUACAAGCUGUCGUUGGAGUUCCCCAGUGGCUACCCGUACAAAGCCCCCCGAGUGAAGUUCAUCACGCCAUGUUUUCACCCCAAUGUCGAUGAUCAGGGCUUCAUCUGUUUGGAUAUCUUGAAAGACAAAUGGUCAGCCCUGUAUGACGUACGGUCCAUUCUUCUGUCCAUCCAGAGUUUAUUAGGAGAACCCAACAUUGAGAGUCCAUUGAACACUGCUGCUGCUGAGCUUUGGGAUAACCAGGAAGCCUUCAAAGCCCAUUUGAACACAACCUACAAGAACUGACUCAAGCUCCUACAAUCCUGCCAUGUGUUUUAUUUCUACGUGUUUUUCUAUGCUUCUAAUUAUGUACAUUUCAAUACUGGGUAUGUCUCUACAAUAUUUUUGUUUGUAUGACCUCUAUGUGAAUAAAGAUGUAUAGGUAUGUUAA